CCUUCAUGAUCUAAAUUUUAAGAUUCGGGGAUACGGUUCCAAGUACGGGUACGGGUGCGGGGAUUCGGCUAAAAAUAAUUCAAAUAUCUAAAAAUAGAGUUAUAAAACCUAAAUUAUGAGAUAUUAUGUGGAAAACUUGAGGAGAAUCUCGGAAGGAGAUAAAAGGAAAAGGAGUGACAUAGAAAUUUCUAUAUACAAGACUUCAGAGGCUUUGAGAGUAGAAUUUGGCUAUAUGGGAAAGACAAUUCAGGUUUUCGGAUUCCCUUAUCUUGUGUCUGCAGAAGUAGUCAAGUUAUUCUUAGAGAAAUAUACAGGAAAUGGAACCGUGUAUGCAUUGGAGGUUAAGCAGUCGAAAGGAGGACCUAGAGCAUUUGCCAGAGUUCAAUUUACCAACAGCAGAAGCGCGGAUAUUAUCAUCAAUUUGGCUAGUACGAGGCUGUAUUUUGGCUCUUCUUAUUUGAAGGCUUGGGAAAUGAAAACUGAUAUUGUCCAACCAAGGACGUAUGUGCAGCAGACGGAUGGCAUAACUUUGAAUUUUGGAUGUCAGAUAUCAGACGACAAGUUUGCAGUGUUGGGAAGUAGUAGACAAGUUUCAAUUAAAUUUGGCGUUGGAUUGAAGAGAAUGUACUUCCUUUUAUCAUGUGGUUCAGUUGAUUAUAAACUUCAGCUUUCAUAUGAAAAUAUAUGGCAGAUUGUGCUUCAUCAUCCGUAUGGUCAGAAUGCUCAGUUUCUCCUCAUACAGUACUUGUAACUUAUUUGCACUGAGGAAUUGCCACAUUGCAUUAGCUGCAUCACGACACAGAAUGCAGCAACUCAUAUAUCUAUUGAUGAAUCAUAAAUGAAAGCAGUCACUGCUAAUAACCAUAUAAAAGGCAACUAAAACUCUGUUAAUUUCGUUGGCUGUAAUGUGCUUUUGUCCAAAUUUACCAUAUUGUGUUCUUGUUAGGAUCGGGAACCCGGGUAGUGCGGAAUUUAUCCAAACAAUGUUGUAAAGACAAUCACAAAGACAAUAGAAGUUGAUAAUAAUGACAAGUAGAGAAAAUAAAGAAGACACAAAUUUAACGUGGUUCGGUCGGUGUGACCUACGUCCACAAGCGGAGAGGAGCAAUUCUACUAUACCAAACGAGAGUACAAUAGAGAGUACAAAAUUAGAGAUAAUACUCUAACUAACCCAAAAUAUCCCAAGAGAAUAACCUCACAAGAUCACUCCAAAGAAGGGUUCACACAAGUGUUUCCCAACAUUAACUCUC